UAUCAAUCAAAACGAUAAGUUUCGGAUUAUCUGUUUGAAUAUUAGAAAUAAAACGUUUCGCUUUGGUACCGGUGCAACUGGUAUUGGUAUUUAUGUAUAUAAAAAAUUAUGAGUUUCAAUCAUAUUCGUUUUAAUACUAUUAAAGUUUUCGUUCAAAUCGGUUGCGUUGGAGGAAUUAUACAAAGUCUGUUAUGGAUCGGUUUGUCAUUAUCUUCAAUUACUUUUUACUACGAAGACGCGAAAAAUUGUACAUCGGAUACCGAUUAUAUUUGUAUCGUCUAUAAUAUAUUUAUCAAUCCUAACGGUAACAUUUACACCGAUGAAUUUUUCGUAAAACCCUAUAUCUUCCAGAUCUUUUCGUGGAUAUACUUGGUAUUGAGUAUAUUUUGGUUUAUAUUUUCUCUUCGUACGCUAUUUGUUGUCAACGGUAGUCGUCGUCGUAAAGGUAUAUCGUGUUCGAUUAAAUUUUGGACAAGUGUAACUGUAUUAGUAAGCAUUACGGAUGCGUUGUUAUUAAGCGGAAUUGCUGUCGAUUAUCAAAACGCGCAAAAUAUCUUCAGUUACUCACCUACCACCUACCCUAUCACUACAACUUUUGUACCCACUUCUUCUAGCGCAACCACGCCGACUACAUCUAUUUUUACUACCACAACAACUACUCAAAUUCCUACCGCGUCGACAACGACGAUAAGUACUGUUUCGACCACAUCAGCUCCAACAACUACAACUUCUGGAACGCAAAAAACGACAUCGAAAUCUACUACAUCUCCAACAACGCCCAUAACUACUAGCCAAAUUUCUACGACUUCUAGUUCUACCACAUCGACUACUCCUAGUUCUACGUCGACAAGUAUAUCGACUUCUACCGUACCAACAACUUCGAAAACGUCAACAAAAACAACUUCAGUUUCUACUACAUCUCGAACAACACCGAUAACUUCUAGUUCUACCACACGAUCUACAACAUCUUCGAGUACUUCUAGCUCUACAACAAGGAAAUCGACAACUGUCUCGACGCCUACCACAUCAACAACUAUUUCGAGUACAUCUAGAACAACACCGACAACUUCUAGUUCUACCACACGAUCUACAACUCCGUCGAGUACUUCUAGCUCUACAACAAGGAAAUCGACAACUGUCUCGACGCCUACUACAUCAACAACUAUUUCGAGUACAUCUUCUAAAACUUCAACAAAACCUACUACAGUUUCUACUACAUCUAGAACAACACCGACAACUUCUAGUUCUACCACACGAUCUACAACUCCGUCGAGUACUUCUAUCUCUACAACAAGGAAAUCGACAACUGUCUCGACGCCUACUACAUCAACAACUAUUUCGAGUACAUCUUCUAAAACUUCAACAAAACCUACUACAGUUUCUACUACAUCUAGAACAACACCGACAACUUCUAGUUCUACCACACGAUCUACAACUCCGUCGAGUACUUCUAUCUCUACAACAAGGAAAUCGACAACUGUCUCGACGCCUACUACAUCAACAACUAUUUCGAGUACAUCUUCUAAAACUUCAACAAAACCUACUACAGUUUCUACUACAUCUAGAACAACACCGACAACUUCUAGUUCUACCGCACGAUCUACAACAUCUUCGAGUACUUCUAGCUCUACAACAAGGAAAUCGACAACUGUCUCGACGCCUACCACAUCAACAACUAUUUCGAGUACAUCUAGAACAACACCGACAACUUCUAGUUCUACCACACGAUCUACAACUCCGUCGAGUACUUCUAGCUCUACAACAAGGAAAUCGACAACUGUCUCGACGCCUACUACAUCAACAACUAUUUCGAGUACAUCUUCUAAAACUUCAACAAAACCUACUACAGUUUCUACUACAUCUAGAACAACACCGACAACUUCUAGUUCUACCACACGAUCUACAACUCCGUCGAGUACUUCUAUCUCUACAACAAGGAAAUCGACAACUGUCUCGACGCCUACUACAUCAACAACUAUUUCGAGUACAUCUUCUAAAACUUCAACAAAACCUACUACAGUUUCUACUACAUCUAGAACAACACCGACAACUUCUAGUUCUACCGCACGAUCUACAACAUCUUCGAGUACUUCUAGCUCUACAACAAGGAAAUCGACAACUGUCUCGACGCCUACUACAUCAACAACUAUUUCGAGUACAUCUUCUAAAACUUCAACAAAACCUACUACAGUUUCUACUACAUCUAGAACAACACCGUCAACUUCUAGUUCUACCACACGAUCUACAACUUCUUCGAGUACUUCUAGCUCUACAACAAGGAAAUCGACAACUAUAUCGACUUCUACCGUACCAACAACUUCGAAAACGUCAACAAAAACAACUACAGUUUCCACUACAUCUAGAACAACACCGACAACUUCUAGUUCUACCACACGAUCUACAACUCCGUCGAGUACUUCUAGUUCUACAACAAAAUCGACAACUGUCUCAACGCCUACCACAUCAACAACUAAUUCGAGUACAUCAUCUAAAACUUCAACAAAACCAACCACAGUUUCUACUACAUCUCGAACAACACCAACAACUUCUAGCUCAACCGCACGAUCUACAACAUCUUCGAGUACUUUUAGUUCGACAUCUUCAAAAACUACAACAACUAGUCAAGAAACUAUAAAUGUUACUACAUCUCGAAGUCCCUUUUUGCAAAUUCCAAAAACUGUUCGUAUUGAUACCUCUUUAAGGUCGGCAAGUUUUGAUGUUGCAGCUUUGUUAAAUGAAGAGGACGAGAUUGUGCAGCCUAAUCUGGAUGUUAUAAAUACUUCGAUGUUAAUUAUGAUGUCUUUGAUUGCCAGAGGAUACGUUUUAUGGUUAUUUAAUUGCUUAUUCGUCGUGGUGAUGAUAAUUAUUGUAAAUAAUUUACAUAGGGUUGUGAGACCCGAGAUUUUCCCUAUAAUUGAUACGGUUGCGAUGGAUAAUUCGGCAGCUUUUUGUAAAACUUUAUCCUUUGUAAAAAUCGAAUGAAAAUAAUGAAACUUUUUCCAAAUCCC